AUGUAUGGACGUCUCUUGUUUGGAGAAUCCUUUUAUGAACAUGCGUGCUCAGUUAUGCACGAAAAGGAUGUCUUGGAUUUGGAGAUGAGUGGGAACAGUUGGUUCAAAUGCUUAAGAAGAUCGUGGGCGGAUUUGUUUCUGCUCUCAUAUAAAGAUGAAAGAGCACAGGCUUAUUACACGAGCAGACACGCAUUGAGAAUGGAGAGGGCAAAGCAAUUUUAUAUUUAUAGAAAGUGUAUACAUCCGUUGAGUAAGUUUAGGCAAUUUUGGGAUUACGCUAUUGUGCCGAUUGUGAUAUUAAAUAUGAUUAUAUUUUACCACAGCACAUCGCUUACGUACGGUGAGGCUGAGUGGCAAUUUUACAUGGUCAACGUAUUUCUAGAAUGCCUUCUUUUUCUGGAUAUCUACUAUAGUUUGAGGACUGGCUACGUCCAUACGGAUUCAAAACGAAUAAUUCUGAAUAGUAAAAAAAUAUUGUUACACUACGCUUCGACCAAGUUGUUCUUUCAUGUUUUGGCCUCCUUUCCUAUACAAACAAUCAUGUUCAUGAGAUAUGGUAGAAGUAUUAACUGUGCUAUCUGUAAGGCAAAUAAAUUCAUUAUUGCGUUGCAAUUUAUUGGCAUAUUUCGUAUGUAUCGAUUAAUCGAUGCCACAAGCCAAUGGAGUACAUAUAGAAGGUCUGUACAAGUGACGUGCUCGCUUAAGUUUCUUCGUAUCGCUAUUCUUUGUUUUAUCUCUAUGCAUAUUUUGAUGCGAAUAGCUGAUAUAAUAUCUGUUCUUAAUAUUCUUUCAAGGGGCAGUUUAAGCUCUCAUUCUUUUUAUGCCUCAGUAUUGAGUAUACGAUAUGGUAGAGAUCCACCGCCGACACACGUGUUCUACUGUUUAGACUUUGCAAGAAUCUGCAAGUCAUUUCGACUGUUUAGCUUUAGCCUCACUCCUCAUGCUUAUUUUCCGGAUAAGAUGACGUCAUUGCUCGCGUAUUUGGUUGCCAUGAUGUUUUAUAUGUGGAGUCUGGUGGAGUGCUAUUUUUUAUUAAGCUACCUGAAGUAUCCCGAAGACCAAAUGUACACUUGUGUAGACAGAACUUUGACUUUAUCGCGGUGGAGAAGGUUGCCUGACAGUUUUAGUAAGAAGUUAUUGACGUAUUACAAGUUUAAUAUGACAAAGCUAACUGUAACGGAGAGACAGAAUGGGAUUUAUAGAAGUCUUCCAAAAAGUUUAAAGAAUGAAAUUGCUAUAUCCUGCAGUAUUCGCUUGUUUAUGAGAAUACAAUAUUUUGCUGAAUGGCCGUCUGAGUUGAUCGAACAAUUAGUAAUGUGUCUUAAAGAGGAAAUAUAUUUGACAGGAGAUGUCGUUGCAGAAUCUUCCAUACCAAGUGACGGUCUUAUGAUAAUAGUUGUGGGUGUGUUAGCAAUUUAUUCGACACGAGAUGAAGAGGUUGGCCAUUUGGUAGAUGGUGAUUACUUCUGCGAAUUAUGCCUAGUCACGGAUGGGGAAAUACGUAUGUCCUCGGUGAUCGCAUUAACACCGUGCAAGAUAUUGUUUCUGGAGAAAAUAACAUUCAGAAAAUUGCUGAGAUCAUACCCAGAGCUAUUCUAUCAAUUGAAGGAUUUAUUAACGGAAAAAUACACAUCGCAGCGUCGAGCCUCUAUUAACCCACUUCCAGUAAAAUCAAUGAAUAUUUAG